GAACAUUGAAGGAGUUCUUUCUCAGUGCUUUGAGUUGAACAUUGAAGAAGAAGUAAGCAGAGGAAUCAGAAUAGGAGAAGAAGCAAGGUGAAAAGAGAGCAAGUCUUCUAACUCUCUAAGCAAGGCGAAAUUCUUCAUUUACUUCCUCAUCUCCCUCAAAGAACUUUCACUCUUCUCUCUGCAGGCAUGUGGACUCAAGAAACUAGGAUGGCUAUCUUAGUCAUGGUGACUGUUGUUAUGAGCGUCAGUCUGCUGAUUGUUGAGGUAGAAAUGAAGAAAAACAAGAGAAACUACAUUGAGCGUGCCCUGGCAAUGGUUCCAAACUUCAUUGUUUAUUGGAUAGUUCACAUAUUAGCAUUAAUUAACAUUGAAUUCUCUCCAAGACUAAAUUUCUACCUAGGCAUAUUUAAAGGAUGCUUUGUUGCAAACUCCUUUGUUUUCACAAUAUGCAUCAACCUGAUUGUAAAUGAUCUUGACAAUGAGGGAAAAUGCCCAGCUGUGGGAUGCAAUGUGUUUGUCUUUACAUUUAUUAUUGGUACUAUUACUGCUGUCUGCAAAAUUGGUAAACGCUACUUUAAGGGGUUGAAUCUUGGAAUGGGUUGGCUUUUAUCAGCACUCCUUUUACAGUUCGCGGUCCGGCCAGUAAUGAAUCUGUAGGAGUUUCAGCCACAGACAACAAAGGCAGCAGCAUGAGGAGGAGAGGCGCAGGGACGAGUGAGUAGGGGAGAUAGCUAGCUAGCUAGGAAGGAAUAGGAUGCAAUGAAAGUGGCUGUGGCUACAUAUAUAUGUAAUAUCUCAUGAGAUUUUGAUUCUUAAUCUGAUCAUCUGGGAUUUGUAUGUUAUUUAAUGCUGUCAUUUGAAACAUAUCAUGUUGUGAGU